GAUAUUGAUCGAUCACGGAGCUGAGAUCAAUUGCACCAUGAGGACAGCCCGAGGGCAAUUGAUUACGCCGCUGGACGCGGCCCUGCGUCGGGGCAAUCGGGGCUGCGCUAAAUUCCUGCAACUUCACGGCGGAUUGGCGGCCGCCAAACUCACCGACAGCCGGGCCCUGCAACGAGCCCUCAGCCAGGCCUACACGGAGAACCAGCGACGGGUGUCGGUGAUUGUCCACAACAACGCCGAGAUGAUGGACUACCCGACCGACAGUCAAAUGUCGGGCCGGUCGUCGAUGGUUCAACUUCCGCAUUUGGCCGGACACAAGAGCCGCACUGUCUGCCGACUGGAGGACAGCGCCACUCAGACGCAAGUGGAAGAAUCUUUCUUCAGCGAGAACAAGGACGGAGCAGAGAUCCAGCUGUCGAGCGCUGGAGUGAGACUGGGCGAAACAGAGAGCGGAUUGAGACGUCGGAGGAUCAGGCGUCGAGCCCAGCAGAGGCGAUCCUUGACCGAUCCACGCCCACCGCCCAAUGAUGAAGAACUCCGCUGGAAGUCGCGUCAGCGCUACUCUGACGAUUCCGGAUCGGAAAGUGACGAUGAGCAGCACCUGCCUGGAUCGCGUUACCACCAACAGCAGAGACCCAAUUUGUCGCAGUACGUGUCGGACGGUGGCGCUCCUGGGACGGGCGGAAGCGGUGGCGACGGAAGCGGAAGACUCAACGGAAGCAGUCACGGCCUCGGCAACAUCAACACGGUCCAUUUGGAGCCGAUCGUCAAAUCCAGCCAAGUGGCCACCGAUUUGGCCGUCAGAUCCCAGUCGAUCCUGUCCAAUGUCGGGACGGAGAGUUCCGGCCAAAAGGAUUCCGGAUUCAGUGACCUGGUCGGUCGCUCGGAGUAGGACAUUAAUUCGUCGGCGCUGAUCCGCCGGACCGAUUCGGCCACUCUGCUUCUGCUGGAUCACAUCCGCUCGCCGUCGGAGCAGCAGAUGAGGAACGG